AUGAACCUAGGCAUUGAGAACCGAUCUGAGUUCUGGAAACUAGAUCUUAACUCAGAAGGGUGGUUAGCUGGGAAUUUUAUGCCACAUGGAGCACCUGCCGUCCGAAAAGACAAGGACGGCAAGAGACAUUUCGUGAUCUGGAACGCCUAUCAACUACACGGUGAUGUGGGGGAGCGCAUGGGACUGACUCGGAAGAUGUCUACCGGCGCCAAAGUGAGAAGGAGCGGAGGACAACCCAAGGCUCUGCGAGCCAUCUAUGACUGCGUCGAUGAGGAGGGAUUAUCCGACCCAGAUAUCGAGCACAGGGCUUAUCGCAUCCUGUCGUUCAUUCGAAAAAUCAUCGAAAACCUGAAGAAAGCAAAGGCAGAGGCUAAAAAGGCCACUGAAGAGUCGGAGCCAGCUGUCAACAAUGACACCAACACGUCCCCCUCUGCUCGAAAUCCUGAAUCUAGUGGGAAAGACAGGGCUCCCAGUCAGGAGCCGCAUGAUGAUGGCGAAAGCAACGAGAGCUUUAACCUGUCAAGCGAGACGGCUAGCCAAACGACAGCGGAUUCCAAAGUCGCUCAAUCUGACACCGGCCGCGAGACAUGGAAACUCGGCUCCGAGUCAGAACGCAUGGUUGCCAGCGACCAUGAAUCAGAGUAA